GAGCUAAAACUUGGAGAGAGCGAGAUGUAAGAAAACUAUAGUAACACUCGAAAAACACAUGACACGCUGCUCGUAAUAGAAGUGGUUGCGAUGUUUUUAAAUUAGUCGUGUUAUACAAUCGAAAACUUCUAUAAUGACCUACGACUGAUAUUGCAGUUUCAACUGUAUUCAAACACAUUAUGGUUCAAAUUCGUUUGUUGUUGUUUGACGGCUGGUGUCGGUCGCCAUUUUCUAUAAUGGCGGCGAGUAGUGCGACAUCUAUCUCGACUUUAGUGUCAUCGCUAACUCGCGUAGCGUGCGGACGUCGCGGUUUCCCGUCGGUUCUUAUUGUUUGAUACAUAAUCAUAGAAAAAUGACAACGGAAAUUGUUCCAGAUACUGAAAAAAUGAUAUAUAACACUGUUAACUCGUUAUAAAAUGCGUAGUAGCCGUAGCAGGUUAUAAUACACGACUAUUAUGUAGUAAAAUAAUGAAUUUCACACACCGCCGCAGUCUUGAGUUCGAAUUGUAGUGAACUGUGUUGUGGAAUCGAUUUUUAGGUGUUAUUAAUGAAAUUACCAAGGUGCUUGUGGUUAUAUUGUUACAUAAAAGAUCCUGUUAGUUCGGACAACGCUUCACGAGCUUUACUAUUGUGGAAGCUCGACUCGCGUAGAAUCGAUAUAACUUAAUAAAAAAUGCAUAUUUUCCCUAUGGUUUCAUAAAGGCUCGGGUCAAUAUCGUACCGGUUAUUGCAAUACGAAUGUUUUUUUUAAUAAACAACGUGGUUCCGGAGGCAGUUAAAGUGAUUUUAUUUUAGUGAAUAGUGUUUGUACUGGAAAUUUUGCAUUCAAGUUUUCAAUCCAUCAAAAGCAGGUCCCGGCGAAUGUGUUCGCCCCGCAGGACUAGCCGUUAUGUGAUAGUGCCCUUACCGUCGGCCAUCUUGUAACCAUGGCCGCCAUCUUGAGCGUGGCGCUGCUGCUCGCGUUCGCUGUCUAUUCUACACAAGGUGGAGGCUGCACGUUCCCCGAGUCCUGGACGGGCGCCUGGUUCCAGUCUGGAGUUCCGGGGCUGGUGUCGAUCAACCAGACACACAUACAGUCCAAAGGAGAGUGUUCGGAGACGGAGAGCUAUGACAAAUUCCUGUUAUAUGACAGGAGCGACGAUUGCUACAGGUGUAUGGUGAUACACGAAAAGCACAGAUAUGUGUUGCAGUAUAAAGAAACAUACUGCUCACCGAAGGAGACCCUGUCGUCGCUCUGCGACACAAUCACAGGCGACGCGGCUCUGUACUCCAUGUUCCGCAAGGACCCCGCGCCGGCCCCGCAGCCCUGCCCGUUCAGACCCGCGCCCUUCACGUUUACAUAUAACCGAGGCGCCGGGGAUUGCACGAAUCCGCCGUCACGAGCAGAGUCGUGUACGGACGACUCGAGGCUGCUGCUGCGGUAUAUGGCGUGUCCGGACGUCCAGGCCACUGAGAGUAAUGUGGAGGAGCUAGUGUGCCUAGCCACGUGGAAGGAAGGAUCCACGAGAUACUUGGUGGGCAAGAUAUCGCAAGUGCAGCGACGGAACGCUUUGGCCUCCGACGAAGACACAUACAGAUGCUUCAUCUAUAAAGGCCAACACAGUGACAAAACUAUGACGUACUACAUCGCCCAGUCCGGAGACGCAACGUGCAAUGGACUGUCGUCACCGACCGACGGCAGUCGAACCAUGAGGCUGACUAACAGUGACGACGAGCACAAUCGCUGCCACUUCCCAAGUUGGAUAGUGGAUCACCACAAAUGGUACAGCUUGGACCACACCCACCAGUACCACUUCACAACUAAGAAUGCUACGCUAAAGAUAGCGAAUGCGGAUGGACAGUUAGAAGAGAAGCGGCUGGUGUGCCACUCCAUCUUGGAGCAGAAGGAAAAGAAGCAUAUAAAGCUUGUAGCACACGUCACUAAGGGAUGUGAGUCCGGGCACGUGUGCCUGGUGUUCCACCGGCGCUCGACGCACGUGCUGGAGCUGCGCUCGGGCUCCGCGCUGUGGGAGUCCGCGCAGGACGCCUGCGCCGAGCCCGCACACGACCCCUCCAUCACACUCAUCACGACCUCUUUAACUCCUGAACGGUGUCCCAUCUUCGGCCGGUACAGCGUGGUCAGCUCUUUAGCGGACUCCAGGCGGAGGCGACAGCAGAUGACUAUAGGAGACACUGAAAGCGCGGAAAUUGAACCAAAAUGCGUUCCCGGCGUAUACGACAGCGCGAGUAUAGGGUGCGGCGCGGCUCAGGACAGCAUCGAGUUCAAGUCCGCUUGCCCCAGUACUGUGUAUACCUGCUACGGCAGCUGGCAGUCCGGCGGCACCGGCUACGUGGUAGCGGCCCCAGCGCAGCCGCGCAGUACGCGCCUGCGCACAGUCUGUAUCGUGUACGAGCACCACAAUAACAACGAGACCCAUGGAGGCACGCUGUCUCUGAGCAUCGUGUCGCACUCGUGUGAUCGCGCGGCGUCGCCCGGACCGCCGGACAAGGCCUACAAUCUGACACUCAAUGGUACGUGCGAGCAGAGCAGCAAGUACAACAGCCUGGCGCAGCGCCUCGCGCCUGCGACCCUCUUGCUCGCUCUCGCGGUGACUAUUAGAUGAUACGGCAGCCGCUAGAGGGCGGGAGGGAGCUCUAUUAACCUACUUCAUGUGUGA